AUGACUUGCUUGCUUUCCUCAACCAGCCAAUGGCACUUGUACGUUCAGGCCUUACUCACUUUCUCUCCUGUCAGAGACCGAGUGGCAAAUAGUUUAAGCAGGGGACUGGGCAAACAACGACAAGGCCGAAACCUAUUCCUGACGCCACUUUUCGGGCUAAAUGACACGCCUCCACAACGACGUCCUUCUCCUCUUAUUCACGUGUCCUCCUUUGCUUCAGUCACCUGCAGUGUUGGGGUAGGAUACCUGGACAUCACAGACAUCAAAGGUUCUGAUGAGUUGGAUUUGCAAAAUACUCACAAGAAAUAA